CAUGGAGGUGCCCAAUGUCAAGGACUUUCAGUGGAAGCGCCUUGCUCCACUGCCUAGCCGCCGGGUCUACUGCUCACUGCUGGAGACCGGAGGGCAGGUCUAUGCCAUCGGGGGAUGUGAUGACAAUGGCGUCCCGAUGGACUGCUUCGAGGUCUACUCCCCCGAGGCCGACCAAUGGACCUCCCUGCCCUCCCUGCCCACAGCCAGGGCCGGGGUAGCGGUUACUGCCCUAGGAAAGCGGAUUAUGGUGAUCGGGGGUGUGGGCACCAAUCAACUGCCUCUGAAGGUCGUGGAAAUGUACAAUAUCGAUGAGGGCAAGUGGAAGAAGAGGAGCGUGCUGCGUGAGGCUGCCAUGGGCAUUUCUGUUACAGCCAAAGAUUAUCGAGUGUAUGCUGCAGGUGGGAUGGGCCUGGACCUUCGUCCACACAACUACUUGCAACACUACGACAUGCUAAAGGACAUGUGGGUGUCGCUAGCACCCAUGCCCACUCCAAGAUAUGCUGCCACCUCCUUCCUCCGGGGCUCCAAGAUCUAUGUGCUGGGGGGACGACAGUCUAAGUAUGCGGUCAAUGCCUUCGAGGUCUUUGACAUAGAAUCUCGGUCCUGGACCAAGUUCCCCAACAUUCCCUGUAAGCGGGCUUUCUCCAGCUUUGUGACCCUGGACAACCACCUGUACAGCCUGGGAGGCCUGCGACAGGGUCGUCUCUAUCGGCAGCCCAAGUUCCUCCGGACAAUGGAUGUGUUCGACAUGGAACAGGGGGGAUGGCUGAAGAUGGAGCGCUCAUUCUUCCUCAAGAAGCGCCGGGCAGACUUCGUGGCUGGUGGCCUGAGUGGACGGGUCAUAGUGGCUGGGGGACUCGGAAACCAGCCCACGGUCCUGGAGACAGCAGAAGCGUUCCACCCAGAGAAGAACAAGUGGGAGGCCCUCCCUGCCAUGCCCACCCCCCGCUGUGCCUGCUCCAGCAUUGUCUUCAAGAACUGUCUCCUGGCUGUGGGGGGUGUCAGCCAGGGUCUGAGUGACGCGGUGGAGGCGCUGUACGUCUCUGACUCCUAGCUGGCCUGAGCUUGGCUGGACAGCGUCACUCCACCCCUGACCCGAGGGAUAGUCUCAUCAAAGCAGUUUGGACUACAUCCUCGGUCUCCAACUCCUGUUAAGAGCCAGUGGGGCCAAGCCCUAGGGCUCUCAGUGACCUCCCUCUGUCCCCUAACCUACCAGUCCCAGAAAGCUGAAGAAAGUGCAGUUGACUCCACCAGUAAGUUAGAGCUGGGCUGUGGUCUGGGGAGAAUCCCCACUCAGUGUUCAGACACAGAAAGGCACGGGAAAGUUCCCUUCUCUCACCUACCUCCCGGGGUAGGGGGCAGUUGCCACCCGGAGGGGGAAACCUUGUUGUCCUUCCCCGUCUCUGAGCUAGUCUGAGUGUCAUGAUAAACUCAUGAAGAAUGGGGCUUCCCAAGCCCCUUCCCCAUACAGAAGUCAGCUGCGGGCCUGCCCCAAACCCACCUACUUAUCAGGCCCUGGAC